AUGGCGCUUACGUGCGACGGGUAUAUAUACUAUUCUGCACCCGAAAAUCAACUGUUAGGUGAUUAUUCGUACCUUUUGGUUGUAUUGGCGGAGUGGUGCGGAGCCCCGCUCAUGCCCACAAUGACACAAAGUCCUAUUUGGCAAGGUACCUCGGGAUUCCGGGAACUGAAGAUACAAACCAUCGCGCGGACGAGACGAACAAUGGCGACCGCAACACCAAAACGCUCGCCCAUCUUCGAGGCGCUGGCAGCGAAACUCUCCUCUGGCCCAGCCCAGAAACUCGAAGAUGCAUUCUACAACCCCCGGCCGCAAUCUUAUUGGUACCACGACGGUACAACAUGGGUCGAAGCAACAUCAUCCCCACCUCCCACAAUAACCUCCUCUUUCAACCCCACAAAAAUCCGCCUCAUAUCAUGGAAUAUCGACAUCCUAGUCCCUUUCAGUGUGGAGCGCAUGUCCGCCGCUCUAAAUUACCUCUCAUCCCUCGUUUCCCAGACCCCGGCCUCUACCCCCAUUGUAAUCUACCUCCAGGAAAUGGGACAAUCAGAUCUAAGCCAGAUACGCGAUACGCGCUGGGUACAGGAGAAGUUCUAUAUAACCGAGUACGACGAGCGUAAUUGGUUGAGUCCGUUGUGCGGCACGACCAUGCUGGUGGAUCGGCGGUUGAGGGUUCAGAAUGUGUUUCGUGUGCCUUGGAUUAGCAAGUUUGAGCGGGAUGGACUAUUUGUUGACAUUGGUCUCAUCCCACUUUCUCCCUCCGGCUCCCCCUCCGCCAGCGCUGGGGAAGAAACCCCCAAGCCGAAUGCCCUCAGGUUAUGCAACUGCCACCUCGAAUCCCUAAUCGCUGACCCUCCAAUCCGCCCGCUCCAACUCUCGGCCGCGGCAACCUAUCUCCGUGAAGACGGUAUCAGCGCUGCACUACUAGCCGGUGACCUUAACGCCAUCCAACCCUUCGACCACACACUACAUUCCUCCAAUGGGCUCAAAGACGCGUAUCUCGAGCUCGGCGGCGUGGAAGACAGCGACGACGGGUAUACCUGGGGUUAUCAAAUUCCCGAAUAUCUGAAAGGUAAAUUCGGUUGUAGUCGAAUGGACAAGAUUUUAUUCCGUGGAGAGGUUAAAGCGGAGACGUUUGAGCGGAUUGGAAUGGGCGUAAUGGUGGCUGAGGAGAAGAGGGAGGAAGUUAGGGAGGCGGGGGAGCUGGAGUGGGUUACCGAUCAUUAUGGGGUCAUGGGGGAUUUUUCACUUGAGGAGUGGAGGUUGUUGGGUGUGGGUGCGGGUCGAAACUUUCGUGAGACGGAUAUGUUGCGCCCCGUUAUUCUAGCAAGGCACUGAAUUGAUUCAAUCUAACCGAAUCAUAGUCAAUAAUCUCGGAUAACAAACUAUUGCAGUGUUGAUAGGCAUAAUUGAUACCAAGUUAGAUACUACACAU